AAAGACAAAGAGAAAAAGGAUACCCGAGCGCAAGGAAAUAUCACAAAGACCCAACUGCUUGUCCCGGACGAACCUUCAUCCUCCAGAAAGCCUCCAUCUCGCGGUCCCCAAGCCAAUUUUACCAACGUCACAUUCUCCACCAUCGUAGGCACUUCUUCAAAGAAAGGCUCACAUUUAAAAACGUCUGCCGAUCCUACCCAGGCUUUGGAGCAACUCGAGGCUCGCAAAGAACGCCUCGCUGCAUUGCCCGAAGAUAAAAGGAAAGCAAUCGAGGAGAAGGAUAAGUUCGAGAAAGCAGAAGCCCGUCUAGAAGGCGUCAAAUUGAAGGACGAUGAGACCCGUCUGAAGAAAGCAGCCAAACGGAAGGAGAAAGUGAAAGUGAAGAGCAAAAAGGCUUGGGAUGAACGGAAGGAGCAAGUUACUGCGUCUAUGGCUGCGAAGCAGAAAAAGCGGUCUGAUAACAUUGCAAUGCGGAAUGAGCGGAAGAAGGGUAAUGCUAAGGGCAAGACGAAAGCCCGACCUGGCUUUGAAGGCAAGUCAUUUGGGAAAGGUAAAUCCGGAAGCGGAAAGAAAAAAUGAUGUACGCUGUAUAACACGGCAUUCGCUGCUCGCUAUGAUUAUAUCUUUUCCAUUGAAUUCCACGUCUAGUCUAAGCAGCUGGAUCUCUGAGAGUACCUGCCUUCAAGGAUCCGACAUUAACUGCCAAUAGAAUUUCAAUGCGAACCCGGGCCCCAGUGUCAC